AUGCUACGCUUCCGCACCGAGGCCACGGUCAAGCUCAGCGAGCCGGAUGACUCCCCAAUGGGAGACAAGGCUCCGGAGCGCGAUCUCGUGAUCCUCCAUCAAUUCCCGAGAAGCCCUUUUGUCCCGAAUCUCUCCCCGUUUUGCCUCAAGAUCGAGACGUUCCUUCGGCUGUACAACAUCAAAUAUGAGCUCAAGGAAUCGUGGACCAACCACACCGACAAGGGCCAGCUACCGUAUAUCGAGCUAAACGGCGAGCGCAUCAGCGAGUCACAAGUCAUCAUCUUCAAGCUGGUCAAGCAUUUUCGGGUGAAGGAAAACAUCAGCCCCCGUGAUGCCGCUAUCGGACGUGCUGUGGACCGUAUGCUGGACGGGAGCACGUUUUACACGCUAAUGAACGACAAGAUGCUGAACAACCAGGCGUUCAUGAGCCGCGAGGUCACCGGGCUGAAGGUGCCUGGGAUUUUAGGGAAAUUUGUGGCCAGUCGGUUUGCGAAUAAGCUGAAAGCCAGAAUCAUGGUCGGAGCAGGGAACUUGACGAACGACGACUUGAUGGAGGUGAUGAAACGCGACUUGAGGGCGUGCGCCGAUCUCCUUGGGGACAAGCCAUUUCUAUUGGGUAGCAGAAUGACGAUGGUCGACUGCACCCUCUUUGGCCACCUCGCCUCCACCUACUACCUGCCAUUCCCGCAGCAUAUUCAGGAGCUGCUCGACCAUGAUCAUCAAAACCUGAAAAACUACGUGGAGCGCAUCCGGGACACCGUCUACUACGACAUCCCCAAGCCGGAUCGCUUCGAUUUGGUGAAAGCUGGCGUCGAAGCCGAGCGCCGGAACUCGCAGAUAAAGUCGGCCCACGACGGGCCGAGAAAGGAGAAGAUGACGUUU